AUGGGUACUCAAGGACAAUCCGACACUCCAGUGUCAGCUAAUGACAUGUGUGCCCUGGAUGAAUGGCCAUCCCAUGCUCGCCGCUAUCGUGUGCAACUACAGGAUGAAGCAGAUGGACAGAAGAAGAAGAAAGGACAAGGUGUUGUAAAAGGUGUUAAAGCAGUUCAGAAGCGUUUUGCCAACGGAUCUGCGAAGCUAAAUAUUACAUUCUCUGAAACGUUGGGUGGUAAGAUAGGAAUGAACUAUCGCUCAUUCAAGGAUGACGUGGUAGUGAUAAUGAAAAGGAAGGUACCACUCAUUGGGGUGAGGAGGUGGUCCGACAUUCACCCAAGUGUGCAUCGACUCAUUGUCGCAGAUGUGAUAGACAGAUGGGACCUAGAAGAUACACCGGAAACUGAAGAGAAAAUUCUCAGAAUUGCGCAAGAGCGAUAUAGAGGCUGGCGAUCAACUCUAAGCUCCACUUACAAGGCAUUCAAAACAGAUGAUGCUAGAUUGGCUAAUGUUCCGGAAGACUUACAACCAGAAGAGUGGGAAUGGAUGAUCAACUACUUCGGCAAUGAUGAAAAAUUCCAGGCACGCAGCCAAGUGAACUCCGAUAAUCGCAAGAAACAGAAAACAAAACAUAGAGUUGGAUCAAAAUCGUAUGCCCAACUAAGUUUUGAGAAGAGAAACUUGGAAACUGGAGAAGAGCCGGAUUGUGUUGCUCUAUGGGAACUCACACACACGAAGAAUGGAACAUGGUCUAACCCAGAGUCCCAGGAAGUUUAUGACAAAGCACGUGAAGCGGUGCAAAACAAAGAAACUGAAACAAAAGGUCCACUAUCAACUGAGCGAGAGAAACAAUGUUUUUCAGAUCGCAUAUAA